AUGAGAAGUGUGUCAUUGCAGCCGUUGGUGUCAUUUGAGGACGUGGCUGUGGACUUCACAUGGCAGGAGUGGCAGGAGCUGGAUGCUGCUCAGAGGACCCUCUAUAGGGAUGUGAUGCUGGAGAACUACAGUAGCCUGGUGUGGCUGGGGCACUGUUUAGCCAAGCCUGAGCUGAUCUCCAAGUUGGAACAAGGAUUGGCGCCGUGGAGUGGUGCCGAAGUCGCAGAGCAGUGCCUACCAGACGCCCGUAAAUGGGAUGCCCUGACGGAAACAAGACAGCAGGCUCAAGAGAAGUAUUUGGGUCGACUUGAAAUCACCAAGAGAGAUACACCAAAUGAAGAUAUGGUUGAAGUAGAAAACAUAUUCAAUGCGGACUCAAACUGCAUUUCAAAUGUGAACAUGAAAAAUGAAGUCUAUUAUAGGAAGUUCCAUCAGGAGCUUGUUAAUCCAUGGCAAGAUGUACCUUUGCCUAGUGAGCCUUCGGAGAGGCAGGGAACAGAAGUAACUCACGAUUUAAAAGGAACAUGGGACGUUCUCUUGUAUCCUGACCAUUCCAUUCACCACAGCAAGGAGAAGUGUUCAGAGUUUCAUUUUCAGUAUUUUGGGCCAGAUGACACCUUCCACACAAAACCUAAGAAGUUUCAUGUUCAGGCAACUAGUAGUACAUUCAGUGACUGUGAGAAAUCCUUGGAUGAAGUGGCACAUCCUGCCCAACAUAUGACUCAGUUAAGAAAGAAAGCAUUGGGAUGGAAUACAGAUCAUAAAAUACACCCAAGCAAGACUGAACUCAGUAACCAUGACAACGUGCACAUGGCAGAAAAAGGUUAUAAAUGUGAUUCUGAGAAACCCAUGCUUAACGAAUCAGACCUUAAGAAACAUCAGGAAGCAUAUGCAGAGAGAGAGCCCCAGGGACAUAAGGAAAACACCAAAUUCUUCUGUCUGGAUGCUGAACUACAAACGGUUGAUCAGAAAACGCACAUUGAGAAACACAUUUGUGAAGGUAAAGUGUCUGAGAAAACCUUUUACCAUGAGUCACAUCACAUCAACCACCAGAGAUCACACACUUGUGAGGAACCCUGUGAGUGUGAAGAAUAUAGGAAAACCAUCUGUGAUAAGUCAGCCCUCACCCAACAUCAGAGACUUUAUACAGAUGAUAAAUCCUGUGAGUGCAGAGAAUGCAGUCAGGCUUUCUACCCCAAUCCUCUACUGUCUCAAUAUCAGAGAGCGCAUACAGAGGUACAGCAAAAUGAAUGCAUAAUUUACUUCUAUAUAUCAAGCCUCACUCAACACCACACUCCCACUCUUAAGAAACCUUAUGGAUGCAGCGAUUGUAUGAAAACUUUCUCCCAUAAGUCUCAACUUACUCGCCAUCAGAGAACUCAUACAGGGGAGAAGCCCCAUGAAUGUAAAGAAUGCAGGAAAGCUUUCUGCCACAAGUCACACCUUAUCCGGCAUCAGGGAAUCCAUGCACCUGAAAAACCCUACGAAUGUAAAGAAUGUAAGAAAGCUUUCUACCUGAAGGCACAACUCACUCAACAUCAGAGAACUCAUACAGGGGAGAAGCCUUUUGAGUGUAAAGAAUGCCAGAAAGCGUUCUUCCGUAAUUCACACCUCACUCAACAUCAGAAGAUCCAUACAGGCGAGAAGCCACACAAAUGUAAAGAAUGUGGGAAUGCCUUUGCCCGUAAGUCACACCUCACUCAACAUCAGAAAACCCACACAGGUGAGAGGCCCUACGAGUGUAAAGAAUGUGGGAAAACCUUUUCUCGCAAGUCACAAGUGAUGCAACACGAGACAACUCAUACUGGCGAGAAACCCUAUGAAUGUAAAGAAUGCAGGAAAACUUUCUAUCUUAAAGCAUAUCUGACUCGGCAUCAGGUAAUUCAUAAACCCGAGAAGCCAUUUGGAUGUAAGAAAUGUGGGAAAACUUUCUCACGUAAGUCAUACCUCACACGCCACCAGAAGACACACAGAGCUGAGAAACCCAACCUAGGUGAGAAAUAUAGGGAUGCAAAUUAUGAAGAACUUUCUUAA